AUGAUGAAACGGAUCUUGGCAUUAUUCGGAUUCGUCAUCGUCAUGCUUUCCGUCUUUCGAGGACAUACAAACACUAGCCCACUCAGUGAUGAUAUCAGCAGUUACCUUCCUGUGCUUCAAGACAUUGCCAAGCCGUCUUCGUCGUUAAAUCAUCAUACUACUACUAAUAAUGUCAGGACGAUUGCGUCACCUGAGGAAUACAAUAAUCUGAAUGUCAUUCCCAGUACUGGGGACCAGCAAGAGAAUGAGGCAUCAAUUGCAAGCGAUACACAGCCCAUCAAUAGCGCUCGUGAAGCCCUCGUUGAAGACACAGUCUCAUCAUCAUCAUCUUCAUCUUGUGUUCUGGAUGAACACCAAAAAUGGGAACACAAUUGCACAAGACGAAUACCCCUGAACGAAUACAUUUCCAUGUAUCGACAAGAAUUAUCCUCAUUGAAGUCGAAAUCCCAAUAUGCGAACAAUAAACGCAUCCUCAGGACAAAUCCAACACUAUGGCAAACCUGGAAGGAUCAUACCUUUCCAGGACAAUUGGAAUCCUAUUGGAUGCAAGUCAUGGACAAGAAUCCCGACCGGCAACGAAAAGUAUUGGUCGAUUCGGAAAUUGAUAGUUACGUUCAAACCAAUUGUCCAGGAUCGUACUGGGAAAUGUACAAUCAGACCAAUCCUUCCUUACAUGCCUUGAGAGCUGAUUUGUGGAGGUAUUGUGUCUUGUUCAACGAGGGUGGAGUCUAUAUGGAUGCCGAUGUCGGAGUCAACAAGGCUAUCACAUUGUCAAGCUGGAUAAAAGACAACGUGGUAUUGUCACAGGGAGGCAAUCAUUUUGACGCCAUGGUGACGGACUGCACCCCCAUUUGGAAGUCUAUCAACUUUCAAUUUCCUCAAACGAUUCUCAUGACCAACAAUUCCGUGGCCCAGUGGGCUAUGAUCUUUCCACGACCCAAACAUCCCAUUCUGUUGGAGACUAUGAAUUUGGCCACCGCCUUGAUUGGUAAGUGGGUCGACACCAAUAGUACUACCACUACUACAAAGAAUGAAACAAACACAAACAGCAAUAACCAGACUAGUUUCCCCAUGAAGUUACGAGUCGUCUGUUUGUCAGGACCUGCCAUUUUGGCCGUGGCGGCUGAUAAGGUGUAUCGGAGCAAUCAGAAUUCAUGGGACGGGCUAGGAGUCACCAUGGAAACAGGAACGGAUUAUAGUGGAAAAUUGCAGUACAAGAAUUAUGCGUACAUGCGGUUUCUCUUCAACGAUGAGAAGGACGACAACAAGCGAUAUGAUAAAAUGGAAGCACAUGUUCCACUGAAAGUAUAG